AUGGGCGAAAAACAAUCAAAACAUAAAAUUUCCAUAGCAACAAAGGGUGCCUUUGCAACUUCAACAGCACCAUUGACUGAUAUUCGAAUAAAACGGCGCAUGGUUCAAAAUUAUGUCGUUAUUUGGGUCGAUGGUAGUAUUGAUGAACCAAAUAAAGAUUGUCAAAAUACGCUCGAGCAAUUACGUAAUGUCGUCAAAGAGAUUAAGUUCUGCAAGACGUCGACAAAAUGCAUUGAAAUUCUUAAUGAUAUGAAUAACAAGAGAGUUUGCGUCAUCGCUUCUGGUUCUUUAGGUCAGCAUCUUGUGCCACAGAUUCAUGAUAUGCCACAAUUAGAUUCUAUUUACAUCUUCUGUGGUAACGAAUCGCGACACAAAGAAUGGGCCCAAAACUGGUCUAAGAUUCAAAAUGUUUCCACUUCAAUAAGACCAAUAUGUGAUUCAUUAAAAAAAAUAACCAACGAAGGCGACCACAAUGCACUUCCGAUUACCUUUACUCCACCACGGAUAAUGGCAACGGCAACAGCACCAGCAAAUGAACAAAAUCUUGAACAAUCAGAGCCAUCGUUUACAUAA